CAUCGGCAAUCGCAGAGCUCGACCAAAGCCUGAAAAUGUCGCUACCUAUGACCUCUACGCUUGUCCCUACUGUACCGACCAGACAUUCCUUAAGGAUGACGCUCUCUGGGACCAUGUGCAAAGCCGACACUCGCAACAGCUGAUCAAUCUGAACGUGAACUCGCACACGUCUACAGCACUCUAUCGGAGGCUGAUAUGCGAGGAAGCAGCGCACAAAGCACUUUGACCGGUCAACAACAACUGGGGCCUGGAAAAGGGCCGAGGAAAGCCGGUCCAUUCGCGAUUACUGACGAGGCCACUCAUUCUGAGCUUCAGUUAAGACAUUUGACUUUGGAAGGCUCACAUGAUGACCUAAUGCAAGAUGGGCGUUUAAAGAAGGCCACCUCACGAAAACGGCACCCCCCACCCGCGGACGAGAUACAUCAGUCAAAGGAUGCCAGAAGAACCUCAAGAUCUGGAUCCGGGAAUCUGGAUUUCCGGGCUGACCCAUUGAGUAAUCAUCCAGCUUCAGGCGCAAGGCUACCCGGAAGUGCUUCGUAUGAGCCUCAUGAGGCAUCAUUAUCUGAUCAACCCUACAAGUCCUAUAAAUCACUGAAACCCCAUUUAUCCUCACUAGAGUCUAGAAGUCCGGGAAACCCAGAUUCUCGUCAGCCCAGUCCAUCUCUUGAGUGUUUCAAGACAUCGGAUCCAUCUUUACCAGCAGCAGAAGAUAUCGACACUACCACAAUCGCAAAAAGUGAACCUGGUGACCUAGAGUUUUCUGCUGAUGACUGGCAACCCAAACUACUCUUGCAGCCAGACUCUAGACCUAUCUCACAAUCGCAACUUGCGGCCGAGGUGAAGAGCAUAUACGCCGGUCUUGUAAUGGUCGAAAACAAAUGCAUUAGCGUUGAUAAGGCCCAAGCGGCUGCCGUCCAAGAGAAGGACAGAACACAGCUGGCGCCUCUCUCUGAUAAGCACUGGCAAGCUCUCAUUGCACUACAUCGCACACUGCUCCAUGAGCAUCACGACUUCUUCCUUGCCUCCCAGCAUCCAUCAGCAACCCCAGCUCUUCAGCGGCUUGCUCUCAAGUAUUCCAUGCCCGCUCGAAUGUGGAAGCACGCUAUACACUCGUUCCUCGAGCUGCUCCGCAAACGUCUUCCUGAAAGCCUUGAAUACAUGCUAUGCUUCAUCUGCCUCGCAUACCACAUGGUUGCACUAUUGUACGAGACAGUACCUAUUUUUAGCGAUACAUGGAGGGAAUGCCUUGGAGACAUCUCUAGGUAUCGUAUGGCCGUUGAAGACGAAGAUAUGCGUGACCGUGAGGUAUGGGCUGGCAUGGGUCGUUCAUGGUAUGGCGAAGCCGCGGACGAGAACCCUACCGUUGGUCGCUUAUAUCAUCACUUGGCCAUUCUCGCCCGUCCAUAUGCCCUACAGCAGCUGUUUUUCUAUUCCCGCUCUCUUGCAUGCAUACAGCCUUUUACGGGUACCCGAGAUUCAAUCAUGACAUUACUCGAUCCCGUAAUUGGCACGACGCGUACAACUUACGCGCAUGCAGCCGACAUUGACAUAAUAUAUAUCAAGGCUCAUGGUAUGCUGAUUACCAGAGAAUGUCUUGAGACAUUUGAUGCUACUACUGAUGAUUAUCUCCGCCAGUUGGACCCUUAUAUUGGUCGGGUCUCUGCAAAAUGGGCAGAUCAAGGCAUAUACGUCGCUGUAAUAAACAUCUCCAGUCUUUUUAGCCACGGAGAAGAAGGUGCAGUCCUUCGUAAGUAUUUUGACAUCAAAUUUAAAAGAGAAAUCGAGGCUCUCACCCGACCGCAAGGCGGCCCAAACGAUGAUAACGUUAGAGUUAUCACGCCACCGCCAGAGGAAGAUACCGCAGACGUCCUUGCUCGUCAGCUUGACCUUGUUGCGCAACCGACUUUCGCUUAUGCUUUACGCAUCACGUUCUCUACUUUCAGAUUGACUCUUCAACGCAUUGGAGAUAAGAAUGUCUUUCCGCAUAUCCAUUGUUUGCUUGUCUUUCUAACUAGGGUUUCUUCCCUUAAUUACGACUGCUCGGCCAUCUUCGAGCAUGUGCCGUGGGAAGCCCUUGCCCAUUUCCUAAACACGCUCGCGAAGACUGAUAAUAUAGAAUUGCCUGUAGAACGACUCGACUUUCCGCAACAAGAUGCUGCUGACAAGCGACCUCUUCCGGAAGAUUAUCUUAUUAGGGGCCAAAUAUGGAGCCUUGAUUACUUCCCGGACACUUGGUUUGAGACUCCUGUUGACGAGGAUGAGCGACACCUUGAGCUUGCCUCAACGCAUAGAUCAAGAAUUGAGCGCAUCCUCUGGCUUGGUAUGCGUCUGGUAACUGAGAACGGUGCGCUUCAUUUUGACCACAAUAAGCACGCAUGGGCUGCUAAUGGAGCUGUCCCCCCAAAGCACGACUUCACGAGGUCGGAGCCCGUUCAACUCGGCAGAAACGAAGAAUUGAUUGGGUCUCCGAAUGUUUCAGCUGACCUAGUUAUGACUGGGGAUGUAUCGACCACUACUCUCACGGAUAUUUAUGAUCCACUCCUCGAGUCCACUAAGAUGAGCAGCCAAACCAGUAACAUGCCGACUAUCAAGAAGGUCAUCGUUCGUAAUUAUACAGUCAUUAUUUGCGAGACAGACAUGCUCCUUUCCCAAACCGAUGUCUUUGUCCUGCUAUUAAGUAAUGGAGACUGGCGCGUGCUCAUCCCAGAAGACGUCAUUGCUAACUUGCAUGCUUAUGCUCAUGCGAUGGAAAACGACACACGAAGAGUACAAGCAGAACAGGCUCUGACAAGCAUCAACACGGCAUUAUCGCAGGGGAAAAACCUUUCAAUUGUUGAUUCUCAGGGCAAUGCGAUAACUGACCCGUGCAAAGCUGUGGAAGGCGGCAGUAGUAAUGCUACGUACGAAAUUCCUCUCGAGAAAAUGGACGAUGUCAUCAUCGGCAUCACCCGUCGGGUCAGCGAUAUGACAUUACAGGAACCAGGCGAAGGACACAUCGUGCCAGGUGCGAAGCCAGCGGUAUUGAUCGCAGAAAAUAGACAGACCAGAGUGAAAGCACGCAAAGAAGGGCUCACCUCGGUUGCCAGCGCGAUGAUACGAAAACUUCUGUCGUCACAGGUCAAGAGACCCGGAUGAUACAGGAGCAAAGGGCGCGGCGCGAUGGAGUAUCGAUACUUCAUCGCGCCGCGCCAUUUGAAUGAAGGCUGUCUCAUAUAUAGAACCUUCGUUAACCGAGGAUUCCAGUCCGGAUGGAUCCACAAGUAGGAUAGCCAUGCAGGAAGGAUACCUGGACCCUUCUCUUACCACAGAGGACGUGAGCUCUCGGACUUGGUCGUGCUAUCCACACUACUAUAGCCGAAUAUCCAGGAUGGAGACGUUCAUGAGACGGGAAAGGCAAUACAAAAAUACCAUUAGCGAUAGGGCAACAUGUAUUGAAUGGAGUGAAUGGAACUUGUAAAGGACCGGAGCUGUGGAAGCUUUCGGUGCCACGUUCUAA